AUGCCGAUGGAACUGAGCUCGAUCUGUAUGGUCUUCGACUCCACCCUCCGAUGCCGAGGCGUUCACAGGUACCAGUACACCAUCCUUUCGGGGGAGCUGGGUGCGGCGGAUGGCGCCGGCUUCGUCUUCGACUCAAAGGUUCGCCGCAACAACAUCCAGCAGAUGCGCACGGUCUUCUUAAACCAGAGGGGGGUCAUUUGCAUCCGCGAUCGCCAGAAUGUACGCAAGCUGAAGGCGCAGCUGCCACCGCUGGAGGUGGGCCUCUGCCUGACCCUGACCGUGGAUCUCGACGCCUUGCAGCUGCACUUUGUGGUCUCCUCCGACCAAGGUGUGGUGGGCAUCGCGGAUGUUUGCCUGGAUGGCCUCUUCGACCCGACAGUGCAGGCCAACUUCCAGAGCGGCUUCUUUUGCGCUGUGGUGACCAAGGAGAUCAGUGUGUCGCUGUGGGAUCAAGAUUUCAACGUUUCUUUGCCUGCGUGGCUUGUCGAAGAUGGCAACUGCGACCUUCGGCCAGAAGCUUGGUCUGUUGCAGGAUUUCUCUCUUUCGGAAAUGAGGUUGUAGGGGACAUCCCGAACGUGACAGACAUCCGGUCGCAGUUGCUGACUGCUGUGGUUGGUUCCAUUGACUCCUCUUGUAAAGUUGGAUCUUCCAGCCCUUCGAAGCCGUCGCUCAUCCGACGCCUCAGCUCCCAGUACGGCUGCAGCGAGGACGAGGUGGAGCGGAGCCUCGCCGUCUUCCGACUCGCCGACCGCACCGGCGACGGGGUUAUCCAGAGGGAGGUUGCGUGGGGCUUCGCGACUGUGUAUGGCCGCUUCGGGGUCGCACGGGCCUACCGGUGCGACAGUGACCUCUUCCUUGGCCCCGUGGCCAAAUCUCUCCACAAAGGACUGGCCAUAGACGACACGACGUUCCAGAAGUGUUCUUGGGGCAUUCCAAGAGUCUGGCCCAACACGCAGGAGAAGCUCACAUCCAUCCGCCUCUUCAAAGCUUGGGACAAGGCCUGGCCGGACGGCAGCCGCGAGGAAGCCUGGGCCCAGCUCCUGGAUGCGGUGCGGAGCAAUGGCAUCAAGGUCCUCGUGGGUACACAGAUCACCUGCGACGAGGCGGACGACGACCGCGACUGGCGACUGGUUAAGGAGCUCUUGCAGAAGCUGGGCCGCGAUCACGUGAUGGGAGUGGCAGUAGGCAAUGAGCUCGAGCUCCUUCAGUUCAAGAAGGGCAUGGACCCCACCUGCAUCCAGCAGAUAUGGGGCGGUGGCUACUUCUACCGGAAGCUGACGCAGAGAGCCAACGACCUUGAUGCGCUGGUAGGCUUCUCGAACGUGCCGCUGACCUCGGUCUUCGGCGGCUACAUCCUCUCCGGGGAGCCCUUUGUAGAGGAGCCCGGUGCGCGAGUCACGACCUUCUACCGAGAUGUGGUAGCCAAGUUUGGUAAGCGUUGGGUGUUCACCGUGAACAUCUACCCGUACUUCGACCCCAACAAUGCCCUGGACCCCGGCACCACCAACAAGUGCACGAAGGCCCUGGCCACCACCGUCUGCUUCGAGGACACCUGCAAUCUGCCCGGCACGGUCGCCAAGAUGCGCUCGAAGAUGCAGCUGCUGACGGGCACCACGACAAGCCUCCUCUGGAUUGGUGAGACGGGCUGGAGCUCUCCGCAGGCUCAGACCUUGGCAGGAUCGAACCCACGAAUGGGCGCCUGCCCCGCCUUCUCCAGCCUCUCUUCCUUCCGUCGCUACUACAACAACUUCUUGAACUGGGAUUUGACCUUCAUGAGCAGCACCCGUGGUCCGGACCACGUCUUCUAUUUUACGACGCGGGACUCCACCAACUUUGCCGUUGGUGAGCACUUUGGGCUGAUAUCUGAUUGCGACGCCAAGCGAUGCAAGCUUCAGUCGAACAGCUCCCUGGAAGUGUCGACGCUGACUUAUGAGUUCACGCAGCUCGUGGAGCGCACGCUGCAGGUGGAGCUGUCGCCCGAGGAGCUGGAUGGGUACUGGCAGGACCUGUGCCCCGGCAAUGGGCCCCAGCGAAUCAGCUUCGAAGAGUGGUUUGGCUGGGUUCGCCGCAACUACCUUCCAUUCCAGGAGCUCACGGUCGAGGCGCCCGUCCCCGAAAGCUACGAGCUCAUCACGAGCGCGGUGGGCGUCGCUUUGGCCAUCUACGUGCUGGGUCAGUUCGAUGCCGUUGCUUCAAACUUUCGUGGGCUUUCUGGCACGCCGCUGACGCUCUGGGCACCACCGCUAGGCUCCGUGGUCGUGCUCCUCUUCGGCCCUGGGCUGCAGGGCCGGCGCGGGGCAAUCAGCGACAUGGAGGCCGUUCGCACUGUGCUGGUUGCCUGCGUCGGCUGCGCUACCUGUGCCAUGCUCUCCAUCUACAGCUUCGGCGCCGAACAGCCCGCGUUGACGCGGGCGGCCGCCGCCAGCGGCUCGCUCCUGUGGAUGCGCGCCACGCGGAGCCUCUUCGCCCCUGCGGGGGCCUUUGCCACCCUGGCCGUCGACGAGGCUUUGCCCCGGCUCCCACUGGUGCGGGACUGGCUUUGGGUCGCUGAGGGCGUGCAGCUCAUCGUAGUUCCGGCAAUUGUCGGAUCCCUCUUCCUCUUCGCGGCGCAGUCGGCGGCCGUUUUCCUAAGGAGCAAGUUCGCGGCUCAGGAGGCGCUGUCCAUUCAGGACACCUGGCUGGUGGGCGAGCUCCGCUCCACGUUCCCUGCGCUGCCGAAGCGAGAUCUCUCCAAGCUCCUCAGAGAAGCCGAGGAGGUAUUCUACGAUCCCAGAGCCCUUCUGACCGAGCAGGGUGAGGUCAACCCCUACCUUUGGCUCGUGGUGUCCGGGAGCUUGAGUGUGGAGGUGAGUGGCCAGGUGGCCUCCACCCUAGAGCGCAAAGCCAUCAUCGGCGAGGUGACCUUCUUGGACCCCAAGGAUAAGCUCGCGACAGCGACCGUCUACGCCAACCCUGGGGGGGCUCGAACGCUACGCUGGUCCCAGGAUCGGCUCCGGGAGUUCUGCGAGGAAGAGUCCUUGCUCGGCGAGAAGGUCAUGGCCGCCAUCUCGGAGGAGCUCAUCGAGAAGAUGGUCCGCGGCCGGGGUGCGGGCCGGCGAUCGCCAGAGGAGUCGGUGAGACUCCUGGCACAGCUGCGCAAGGCCUUCCCUCAGCUUGGCAUGGCCGAGGUGCCCCAGUUCCUGAAAGUGGCGGACAACGUCCCCUACACGGAGGGCACCUGCCUUACGACGCAGGGCGUCGAGAACCGCUUCCUGUGGCUGGUUUUAUCGGGAUCCCUGAGUGUCAACGUCAAUGGCCAGACGGUAGCUCAGCUGUCCGAGGGUGCCUUGAUCGGCGAGGCCACCUUCCUGGGCUUUGCUGAAGAGAGCCUUGCCUCGGCUACAGUACGUGUGGAUGAGGCGGAGGGCGUGCAGACGCUGCGCUGGUCGCAGGACAGCCUGCGAUCGCUGUUGGUGGAAGACUCCGGGCUUCGAGACAAGCUAAUGCCUGCAUUUUCUGACGAGCUCCUGCGGCGAAUGCGAGGGCAAGAGCACACAAACCGGUCCCCAACUUUGCCGGGUUUGGUCUGCCUCAAGCCGUCAACUCGGAGCCCUAAGCACCUGUUAGGGUUUGGGGUUCAGGGUGCUUCUGAGAGAAGGGCUUUUCGUCUGCCCUCAGGGUAUGCACCCGCCAACCGAGAGUUUCGGGCUGAUGGAUAG